CUCCUGUGCAAUUGGUUUAGAAAAACUAGGUUAGUGGUGCACUGGUCAUGACGGAGGGAGAAAGUAGGUCACAGACAGAGUAACGUUACCGUUUUAUAUCACAGUUCACGUAACAUUAGACAGAGGGGUCCAUUAGAUGGAGAUGUCCUAGCUAGUUCAUCUCAUGGGUAUCAUAGUUGGAUACGUCAUUAGUUGGAUCUAGCUGGGCUCGUUAAUAAUAGUGUGGAACUGCAGCCCGUUAUUCGUGGCGUUCCUGCCUGUGAGCGUUCCCCCAUGUGGGCGUUCCUGCAAUUCGGGGCAAUCCUGCAUGUGGGCAUUGGAGGCAACCAUAGCUGUAUGGAUCUGUGCAAAACUGCAACAGUAUGAUUGAAGAAUGAAGCAGGUGUUAAUCAUGGGCUUUGCUACACAGAAAGCAGCAGUUGACUACUCCAUUGUAUUUGAAAAUACUGUGUAGAGCACCUAUCCCAGUGUCCCAGAGGAGGAAUAGCAGCCAGGCCAACCAACGAGGAGGUGUUUCUCUCUCUUCAUCUCAAACCAAGAACUUUUCGAGUUUGUCUGGGCGAAGUGCUCGCGCCUCAUAAAGAUGGAUUACUGGGUUUGAACACUAACAAGUGGCUAUUUGGACAUAGAGGAUGGACUUUAUGGAACAAAUCAGUCAUUUAUUGUCAAACUGGGAUUCCUGGGAGUGCCUUCUGAUGAAGAUCAUCAAAGAGCAGAGCAAAUGGAUGGAAGGAAAUUCCAGAAGCUGUAAUUAACAUUUGUGAUUAUCUAAUGGCAGACCAAAGAAUGGACAUUACCUCUACGAUGAAUGAGUUCAUGUCCCCCAGCUCCACCGAGCUGAUCAGCAGCUCCAUCAACACCCAAGGCAUGGACUACACCCGCAAGAGGAAGGGCAGCACCUCCGACUACCAAAUUGAUGGAUUUUCUUUUGACGAGAGCAGUAUGGAUACAGACAAGGAUAAGCUUAGGGAUUGUGGUGAUCAUCAGGGGCGGAUCAAAAAUGCCAGGGAGGCACACAGUCAGAUUGAGAAGAGGCGCAGAGACAAGAUGAACAGCUUUAUAGACGAGCUGGCGGCGUUAGUGCCUACUUGCAAUGCUAUGUCCCGCAAGCUGGACAAACUCACAGUUCUACGCAUGGCUGUUCAGCAUAUGAAGACAUUACGAGGCGCAGCGAACCCAUACACAGAGGCGAACUACAAGCCGUCUUUCCUGUCCGAUGAUGAAUUGAAGCACUUAAUAUUGAGGGCUGCUGAUGGCUUUCUGUUUGUUGUCGGAUGCGAUCGUGGGAAGAUCCUCUUCGUCUCUGAGUCUGUUUACAAGAUCCUCAACUAUAGCCAGAACGACCUAAUUGGCCAGAGUCUGUUUGAUUACCUGCAUCCUAAAGACAUCGCCAAAGUCAAGGAGCAACUGUCGUCAUCGGAUACAGCACCCCGGGAGCGACUCAUCGACGCCAAAACUGGCCUGCCAGUGAAGACUGACAUUACCCCUGGGCCGUCUAGACUGUGCUCCGGAGCCAGACGUUCGUUCUUCUGCCGGAUGAAAUGUAACCGGCCCUACGUCAAAACGGAGGACAAGGACUUCCCCUCCACCUGCUCAAAAAAGAAAGCCGACCGCAAGAGCUUCUGCACGAUCCACAGUACUGGCUACCUGAAGAGCUGGCCGCCCAACAAGAUGGGUUUGGACGAUGACAACGAGCCCGACAACGAGGGCUGUAACCUCAGCUGCCUGGUAGCCAUUGGCCGGCUGCACCCCCACAUCAUCCCCCAGCCCUCCCACGAGGACAUCCGCGUCAAACCCACCGAAUACGUCUCCCGCCACGCCAUCGACGGGAAGUUUGUCUUUGUUGACCAGAGGGCCACAGCCAUUCUUGCGUACUUACCCCAGGAGCUUCUAGGCACCUCCUUCUAUGAGUAUUUUCAUCAGGAUGAUAUUGGCCACUUGGCAGAAUGUCACAGACAAGUGCUGCAAAUGAGAGAAAAGAUCAACACAAACUGUUACAAGUUCAAGAUUAAAGAUGGCUCCUUCAUCAUGCUGAGAAGCUGCUGGUUUAGUUUCAUGAAUCCCUGGACCAAAGAGGUGGAGUACAUUGUCUCCACAAACACAGUGGUCUCAUGCAGUAUGCUAGACGCUGCAGACCCCUAUCCUCAGUCUGCUGCUUCCCCCACAGCCUCUAUGGACAGUGUGCUGACGUCAGAAGGUGGAGGGAGACGGGCUAUUCAGACGGUGCCAGGCAUCCCUGGCGGAACACGGGCAGGUGCCGGCAAGAUCGGCCGUAUGAUCGCAGAGGAGGUGAUGGAGAUUCAGAGGACCAGAGGCUCAACACCCUCUAGCUGUGGCUCCAGCCCCCUGAACAUCAGCACCCCCCCUCCAGACUGCUCUCCAGGGAGCAAGAGGAUUCAAAAUGGUGGGACACCAGACCUUCCGUCGGCAGGAACGCUACCAGGAGGACCUGACUCCAUUGGAUACCCAUACUCCAACCAGUCCAUUAUGAGUGACAACUCUCAUCUCAGCAUUGACAUCAUGGACGAGCCAGGCUCCAGCAGCCCCAGUAACGAUGAGGCAGCCAUGGCUGUGAUCAUGAGUCUCCUGGAGGCUGACGCAGGCCUUGGGGGCCCUGUGGACUUUAGUGACUUACCCUGGCCCUUAUGAUGACGGCCCAAGAGGAACGAGGCAUAGCAGGACUGUUGGAACUCUUGGGCUAAGUCCCACAGAACUAUGUCAAAACCCUGAAUUGAUGAUGCAGUGGCAUCAUCAGGAACCAUGGCACUGUGGGACUUAUUGGAGCCGAGACCUCCAUGUUGGGACUGACUCAUUUCAAAGUAUACCUGUAUGUGCCCUCCCUAGCUUGCUGCUGGACAUUCUUCACCACAGGAUAAUUCAGCAUUUUUCAAUGGCUAUUUUCCUGCAUUAUCCUACCAGGGAUUUCUAUUGAAAACCUGUUUGUGUUUGGAUGUUUUUACACUACAGUACACAUUGGUUUUCCUUGUUGGACAACCCCAUUUGAAAAUGUUAUCACAUCUUUAAAUAGUAUAAUGUAAAAAAUACUUUAUGCAAAAUAUAUGGUGUGUGUAUUGUAUCACCAGUUAAAUAUUUUUUAUUAAAAGUUUGUUUUGUAUCUCUUUCCAGAAGACUUUGAGAUAUAAACAGAAUUUGAUGCAGUAUGUUAUUGACGCUAAUGAAUAAAUUGUAUCCAUAUUUACAAUGUUCAAAUGUCACUCUCAUACUACCAGAAGCAUUCUGAACAUGAAUCCAAGGGUGGGUGAGUGAAUCAUUCAGGGAAUUGCAUGUAACGGAAGCAAUUCAAUUAAUUUAUUUCAGAUUUCCUCCAUUGAGCCUAUUGGUGCAACGCUGGGAUAUUUUUAUCAUGUUGCCAUCCAGUGGCAGAAAUUCAGUCAGUCAGAGAUAACAGGACUGCAUUGCUAAUGUGGUGGUGAGGAGAAACGCCUGGAAAAACAAACUGAGCUAAUGGAAGCCAGUUAAUAACAUCCACACACAACGAUUUUAGGUCAUAUUUGAAAAUGUGAAUAUUAAAAGCGCAAUAUAACAGUUACUGCUUUUAAAUCAAUGAGGAAUAUGUUACUGCUUUUAAAUCAAUGAGGAAUAUGUUACAGCCUUAAAAUGAAGGAAUCUGGCUUUUGAGGAUAGGACACAUUUUCCUACAUUGAGAAUUAUUAGAGAACCUUGCCUUCAAUAAAGGUAUGUUUUGCUUGAUGCUCAUGCAAGGUGUAAGCAAUACCGGUCCCCACUGCUAGAUACCUUGACAUCCAGCAGCUGCUGACCAUCACCACAGUAGCUGUUGACUACUUAAAGGCCCAGUGCAGUCAAAUGUGAUGUGUUUUAUAUAGGUUGGAAUACUGUGAAAAUGAUAAUACCCUUUUAGUGUAAGAGCUGUUAAGAAAGUUCGCCUGACAUUUCGGCCUGUUUUUGUUGG